CCCACAGCUGUUCGCGAAACAAAACGGCGCGAUAUUGGAUUAAUUGUUGUAGAUUUUAAGCGCAGAACAUUUGAUUAGACUUGAAUUAAUAAUGGGUGAAAAUAAGUCAACUGAAAUUAUUACAGAAAGCGAAGUCGUUGACCUACCAAAAUAUUGUUUUUAUAAUAAGUUUCUUUUAGUGGAAGAGCUGGCACUAGAAAGAAACUAUUUAAAACUACACAAUGGUCGUUGCACUGUGAUUGGAAAACUACAUUAUGACCAUAACGGCUACUUUGUAUUAGGAAAUAUUAACUUAUCAUCAAUUCUACCCAGAGAUUACAGUCUACCUGAGGGCGUAAUAAGUUUACGACUUUUCAAGUUCGCCACAUCUAAUGUAUUGGAAAAUGGACGUUACUGCGAAAUUUGUGGUGAAGUAGUUCUUUGGAGUCCAAAUCACACACCUGCCAAAUGGCUGCCAACGACACCUCGUGGAGUAUUGGAAUGCGAAUUGCAGAAGUGUGAAAAAAUGAAUAAAAUACAAUUGCUAGAAUUAAUGCAAGCGAAGUAUCAGCCCGCUAUUAAUAUUUUUCAAUUAGAUUACAUAGAGUGUCCAUCCGAACUGAUACAGAGGCAUUUAAAAAUACGACUCAUUACUUGAAAAUACGCCAAAAUAAAAUAUUUCAAAGUGUUUUUGCCAAAUGAUAAUAAAUACUAGUAGAUUACCUACUGAACAACACAAAUAAGCUGCUUCAACGCAACAAUAUGGAAAGAAUUUAUAAUUCUACAAGUCGCUAUGGUAGCUUAAAAGUACGUAUGCAUGCUUAUUUAGCCUAAAGUUUAUAAUUUGCCAUAGCAAUAAAUAUAUAUGUGUGCCAAUAGCUCUUUUGGAGUGUGUAGGAAUAUAUUUUAACAUUUGUAACUUACAGUUUUUAAAUUUAUAUGUUACUGAUU